AUGGGUUCGCAUAAAAACCAGCCACUCAUCUGCGACCGCUGUCCUAUCAGCAACGGACCCCGUUAUACCGUCGGCUCUUCCGUGCGGCAAAUCCCUCAACAAUCCGAUUGGUGCGAGGGCGACGGAACCCGAGCUUGUAUCACCAGCACCGUACUCAACGACUGCAUGUCAACAAACUCCGCCCACCUCUGCCUCAAACACAAUAUCUUUAUGGCGGGUGUCAAGAAGAUAACCGGAAAUGCAGCACCGCAGGCCAGCAGCAGCAACAGGAGGAAGGCUGGCGAUGAAGAUUCGGAUGUGGCGGUUAUCAUAGAUGGACCCAAGUCACCUCCACUCUCGAGGUCCAGACAGAAGAAGAAGAAGAAGAAGUUCUAA